AUGGCAGAGAUCUUAGGACAACAACGUCAGUUGCCGUUACGGCAAGAACCUUGCCACCACCAGUGUAAGAAACACCGAGGAGUUUGUUAUCAGAUCUCUAGGGCUCGUUAUAGGUGUGGUAAAGUGGACCAUGUGGCGUUCAUUUACAUCCUCUCUCACAGUCCAGGCCUCUACUUUCCAAGCCAUCAUUUCUCUUUUCAUUGUCUCUGCCUUGCCCUUGUAGCCUCCUGGCCAUCAUUUCUCUUUUCAUUGUCUCUGCCUUGCCCUUGUAGCCUCCUGACAAAUGAAGAUGAGGGUCAACCACAUGAUACAAAAAUAUCAGAUAGUGAAGCAGAUCCAAGACGGAUGUUCACUUUGAAGACGCUUAUUAAUGUUUACAAGGAGGCUAUCCUAGAUGGAGAUGUAAAAACUAUAUCUGAGGUUGAGUCAAUGAUUAGCAUUGUGGAAAAUGAGAAAAAUGAAUUAGCCCAGAAACUUUCAACUUUUUCAGCAGAGAUAAACUCUGGGAAGGAGAAAUAUAUCCGCCUGCAAGCAGAUUUUGAUAACUUUAGGAAAAGAUCAGAAAAAGAGAGACUGACAAUAAGGAGUGAUGCCAAGGGAGAAGUAAUUGAGAGCCUUUUGCCCAUGGUGGACAGUUUUGAAAGAGCAAAGCAACAAGUUAUGCCAGAAACAGAGAAGGAGAAAAUGAUUGAUACAAGUUAUCAGGGUAUAUACAAGCAAUUUGUGGAAAUCUUGAGGAGCUUACGUGUGGCUGCUGUACCAACAGUUGGAAAGCCGUUUGAUCCCUCGGUGCACGAGGCCAUUGGACGUGAGGAGUCACAAGAGUACAGGGAAGGCAUUGUAAUUCAAGAGUUCCGUCGCGGAUUUAUCAUUGGGGAUCGAUUAAUAAGACCAGCAAUGGUUAAAGUUUCUACUGGCCCUGGUAAAAGGAAACCAACUGUAGCCACUGAGAAAUCCACAACAGCUGCUGGAUUAGAUGACCGGUAGUUGCACCACUAUGAGUUCAAUUUUUAGAGCUAGAAAAUGCUACUCCCUCAGCAUCCUGUGAAGCUUUUAUUGUUUACUCUUUUUUUUUUUGGCAGGCAAAUGUCCUGAUGGGUAAUUUUAUGCUACACAAGUACUAUUUGUUUGCUCAAUGAGGCAAUCAAUGUAUGUUUGUCUAAGACAUUCAUUUGUUAAAGAAUUUGUGGUUUGGUUGCAUAGCUGCUACAUAUUUUGGAGCAUGCCUGUAGGCUGCAGGUGUUAAAGUUUCCAAACAAGAAUGCAUGUAGAAUUUGUCAUUUGUUC